AUGGGUUGUACAAAUUCAACAAAAAACAAAGAAACGGAAGUUGCCGGACAUAAACUUAAUGGAAGUGGAUUUAAAAAUUUAUGUCAUGCAUCAUCUGAAUUUGAAGUAUCGGAUUCAGAAAACGAAGAUGAAAUUCUUUCAACAAAGACAAUCAAUAAUAAUAAUAAACCAAGUUUGACAAAGAAAGUUGAUGAACUUUCUAGUGGAUUGCCUACAACUACCAAUAAUUCAGCAACAGCAAUGAGUAGUGCUUUACUAGACAAUCGUCUUCAACAAACAUGUGUUUAA